AAAUCCAAACACAGCCCGCAGGCUUGCAAAUCCAUAGAAGCUAAGAGUGUUGCAGCAUCUUUUAUAACCGGGGCAGUAUAUUUGGUAUCAAGCGAGUACACGCUGGCCUGUGCUGCAGUAACGCAUUGACCAAUCUCGUGCUUUACGCGACUCCUGCAUACAACUUGUGCCAGAAUUUUUGGGGCCUGCGGGCCUUUGUUACCUCUUGCAAUUUACCAUGUUAUCGCGCCAGCCGGGUGCCCAUAGAACAAUUCAUCGUAGGGAUCAUUCUAGAAGGCUAUGCGCAUCUUUACGGCCGCAUUUAAACGUUGCACGGACACGAGCAUCGGAGCAACAGUAUGGACCGCGACAAGUGGUUGCUCGGCCUGACGGGCCUGAACAGCGAGGAGGCCAGUCAGGUUCUGAGCGUGACUCGGACUCUGAUACCGAGUCGCUUCCUCUCCUAGUAGCGGAGGCUAAGGGCGAUGACACAUCCAAAGCUGGCACUCUCGCGGGAUUAGGCUCCAUCGGAGGCAUCGUGCUGUUGCUCGCUUCCGGCAUGCUGCUGAAGGACACCAUCAAAGACUUCCUGGAGUUCUUCAUCUCCGCUGUAGACAGCUGGGGCCCUCUGGGCUAUGUAGCUUACGCGGCCGUAUACACGGGUCUGGAGGUUCUCGCAGUGCCCGCCAUUCCCCUCACCAUGACUGCCGGGGUCAUCUUCGGGCCCAUCCCCGGCACCAUCGUCACCUCGCUCAGCGGUACGGCCGCAGCCACGAUCGCCUUCCUCAUCGCGCGGUACGCGGCGCGGGAUCGAGUGAUGCGGUGGGCUCGGAGGAACAGCAAGUUCGCUGCGAUUGACCGCGCGAUUGCAAAGAAUGGGUUCAAGGUGGGUGAGAUCUCACACGAUACUGAAAUGAUGGCAGGAAGUGUGAGAAGGGGAAAGUGAGGCGGCAAGUUGGCGAUCCGCUCUGACCAGGGUUGCCACACAGCACGCCCCGCUGCAAACAGCCCUCCCGUCCCCUCGUUCCUGAGCCACAUCUCUCUAAACCCCUCUUCCUACCUAGAGCAACCAACCCCAUCAACCCCACCUCCUCCACCACCACCCUACUCUUCAAACAACCUUUCGCAGUUCGUAACGCUGCUGCGGUUAAGUCCGCUCUUUCCGUUGGCGGUUUCCAACUACCUGUACGGUCUCACCAGCGUGGAUCUUGGAUCCUACGUGGCAGGAUCCUGGCUGGGUAUGCUGCCAGGCACCUACGCCUAUGUGUGUUCGGGGCACCUGGGGCGAGCUGCGCUGCUGCACGGGGAGGGGAGUGUGGGCGUGGAGGCGUG